UUUGAAUUGUUUACGAAAGGCUAAAGCCAAAACGAAUCGUAGGUGCUCGCACGGCCACAGCUUUGAGUGACAUCAAUGGAGGAAUACAAGACGGCAGUGAAGGCGACGCAAGACAAAUUUAAAUAAUGAUAUUUUACUUGAGCAGAAUCGUUUUGCGCUUGUAUUUGCUGCUGUGCAUCUCGACCAGUGUCGGCUACCUCCAUCCUUCUGUCAACCAGUUAGCUCAGGCCUAGCCUGGAUGGUUAGUAUGGAAAUGCUGAAGAUAGAGCAAGUCGUUGUUGGCAGUGAGAUGAUGUCUAACUCUGCGGAGAUCAAGUCUGAGCCCGUGGUCCGCCCUCUGCAGUCCUAUCAGCAUGAGAGUCUCCAGUGUUUUCAGUGCUUCAUCACAUUCAGUGACCCUAAAGCCAAGGAGAGACACAUGAGGAAGAGUCACAGAGACCAGUACAAACAGCAGCUGCAGCAGAGUAAUACAGUCUUCACUUGCUACAAGUGUGACAAGUGCUUCUCCUCCUCUGACAAGCUCAGCCAGCACCAGGCCACCCACAGCACAGAGGAGAAGUCUUUCCGCUGCUCCUACUGCCGGAAAACCUUUUUUACCUUCACUGAGCUGAACAAACACAGGCGGCACGAGUGCGUUGAACGACGGUGUCCCUGCAGGGAUUGUGGCGCUUUGUUCCCCAGUCCCUCACGGCUUCGCAGUCAUCGGCUUGCAGUGCACCCCCAGAACCAAGCAGUGGCGGACGACCUCAACACCUACCAGUGCUGCAAAUGUAGCCGUGGUUUCCAGACAGAGGAGGAGCUCUUGCAACACCAGGAGAGAUUUGCUAAUGAUCUAAACUGUGACGCUAAGCCGCAAGGCAAAAAGCGUGGCCGUAAACCCAAGAACGCAGCUCAAGAUGGGCAAGGUGACAGCAAGAAGAUCAAAGAAGAAGAAGAAGAAGAAGAAGACGAGGGAGAAGACGGAUGCAAUGACAUUCUGGCAGAGGGUUGCUCCACUGCUGAGCUCAAGAUCCCUUGUCCUGAAGCAGAUUGCGAUCUCACAUUUCCUUCUGUUGCAGCCCUACGGGCACACAAGAAAGAGGAACAUGCAGCCCUCGCUUCACAAGGUUCAGACAUGCACACGGUGUGAUGAGAAUUGUGCUCAACCUGAGCGGUUCAAAGCAAACAAAACCAGGGCUCAAAUCUCUGGAUAAAUGUCCCCUACCUGUGGAAAGAGCUGUGUGAGAGAGAGCGUGCCCUAAAGGCCUGUCAGACCACUCACACUGAAGGAAAGGAGGCAACACAGAUCACAUAAUAUAUGGGGGGAAACUACAGCUUGGUCCUGUCAUUCGGUUUAAUACUUGUCAGAGAUUGUGCUGGAACAUUUUUUUUUUUUUAUGUGAAUAUUUUAAGGAGAGAGUUUUUGAACCAAGGUUGUGCAACACAGCUGGAUUGUGAAGGUGUGUUUUUUUUGAACAUUUCGUUAAAAAAGACAUCCUGCACUUGUGAAUAAAACUCUGUUCUGUACAUAAAUACGAUUCAUGUCCAUUACAGAACUAUGUCACGGGCCAUUUUGUUUCACUGUCCAUGUUAUGUCUGUUCUACCUGAAAUGUUUUAUAUUCAUUGUAGAGUAGCAAGCUAAUCCUCCUGCAUGUGUGGGAGGGUUCUGUAUUUAACUGAACCUUUUUCAGGAAAAAUGUGACAGUGGCACAGAGAAUGUAAAACAUCUGAACACGAUAAAAGCCAAUAAAUGAGUCCUUCACAUAUAUAACCUCGAGAGCUUAUUUUCCCUUUGCAUAAAGUCGACAGUUGUUGCGUUGAACAGUACUUUGAUUUCCAUGGUGUCUUUGUCAAUUUGUGUGAGUUUUUGUUGUUACAAUCACUGAAUUUUUGUCUUGAAUAAAGAUAUGAUUUUAACAUAAAACCCAGACACCGGA